AUGGGGAAGGGGAGCAAGACUUUAGCCCCCGGCGACGCCUACCGCAGAGAGCAGAAGAAGAAACAGCUCGCCAAGAACAAGGCUGCGCGUAAGGAAGCUCGCGAGGAUGCUCUGCAAAAGUCGGAUAUCGGAAGCCUUCGAGCGGAGCUAAAGAGGCUCCAGGCUGAGAAAAGCAUGAACACAGAGAUGGCGCGGGAUAAGGAGCAACGCAUGAAGCAGCUCGAGAAUGGGAUCAAAUGGCACGAGGAGCAGCGCAAGGCGAACGCGGGGAAAACACCAGCGCCAGCACCCGCCGUGCCCAAGGUGAAGGGUAUCGGGGCCCUGAAGGGACUGGAGGUUGUCGUCGCAGGCAGCACAGGCAGCAGAGGGCUUGGAUUGGGAACGUUCAGGCCACAGGACUCCGUCUACUAUCACCCGACGCUCAAUCCGACUGGGAGGCCCCCCGCAGGUAAGCCGCAGAAAUACAAGGCGGCAUCUGAGUACCAUGACGAGGAGGAAGCGGGCGCUGACGAGGAAGAAGAGUACGAGUACCAGGAGUUGGACCUGGUGGUGCAGGGUGAGGGUCCGCUCUUGCCGCCGCCAGGGGCGCCAGCGACGCUGCCCCCACCUCCAGGUCCACCCCCCGGGGCACCGCCGGGGCCGCCCCCCGGGCCGCCCCCCGGGCCGCCCCCUGGGCCGCCCCCUGGACCGCCCCCUGGAGGUGCACCCGGUCCUCCGCCCGGUCCUCCGCCCGGUCCUCCGCCUGGUCCCCCGCCCGGACCGCCUCCGGGCUCGCCUCCGUCAGACGACGAGGUCCCGUUGCCGCCCCCUCCCGGACCACCCCCCGGGGUGGAAGAUGAGAUGCCUCCGGUCCCUCCUCCCCCGCCGGCGAGCGCCCACCUGCUUCCUACCCCCGGACCGCCGGGAAUGGCGCCGCAACCUCAGAUGGUCCAGAUGGUCCCCGUCCGGAUGGUUCCCGUGCCUGUGGCUCCCCAAUCGCCACCACCCCCGCGGUUCAGGCAGGUCACGUCCGCGCCGCCUAUUCCAAAUCCGAACAAUCCGGUAAGGUCCGCUCUGCCCCGCUCGGUUGCGGCGGCGGCGUUCACUCGCGCGGCGGCGCCGACUGUCCAGAAGCUGGUGCCGGCGCAGCACAAUCCAGCGCUCAAGGCGCUCGUGCCUGCUUCGGUCCGGAUCCAGCGGCAGAAAGAGGUGGUACCACCAUCGAAACGACAGCGGGUCCUAAACGCCGCGCCAGCGAAGCAACCGGCGCCCGAGGAAAAGAGUGGAAAGGCGGCUGAGGAUGACCAAUAUCUCGGUUUCCUGGAUGAGGUCGCACAUCUCGGUGCGUUCGAAGGUUGA